AUGGAGAAGAAGAGCAUUCACGACAUUCUCCCUGUUGAGUUGAUUCACAGAAUCUUACCGAGAGUUCCGGCCAAACAUCUAGCUCGCCUCAGGUGCGUUUCGAAGCUGUGGUACUCUCUCAUUUCCGAUCCACACUUUGCUGAAAUGCAUUUUCACCACUCUCCCGCUUCCACAUGCGUCUUCAUAGAAAAUGGCACUAUGGCUUGCUUAGUUGACUUAGACGCACUAUUUCGUGACAACAAUUAUGCAUUACAAGUAAGAAAGGUGUCUCCCCCUCUCAAGAUGAAAUCACUACCUCGUUUUGAGGUCCUGGGAUCCUGCAGAGGCUUUGUUCUCUUACAUCAACACGGAAGAUUUCUUGUGGUAUGGAACCCGCUGACUGGAUCUAGCAAAUUGAUAUCCUACUCUCAUAUUGCUUCUCGUUUUAAGCCCAGGGUCUGGAGUUCCUUCGAUUUCGAUGUGUAUGGAUUUUGUUAUGAUGCCUCACAUGAUGAUUACCUAGUUUUUUUAGGUUGGCAGAAUGAGCAUGGUCGAGAUCACUUUCAUUGCUUUUCCUUGAGAACCAAUUCAUGGAUUGAUUUUGGUGAUGCACUCCUCAAACCAUUGGGGUUUGAUAAUUGGCAUUCUUGUGGGCUGUUCUUGAAUGGCGCUUUUCAUUGGGUGCCUUCCCCUCCUAAAGAUUACAGGGAUGCUAUUCUUAUCUUUGAUCUCAAAGAAAGGACUUUCUCAACGAUAUCUGCACCGGAACAAUUGGGAACGAACUAUUUUUCAAGUCUCACCCUACUAGGAGGCUGCCUAGCCUUAUAUUAUUACAAUGAUGAUAGCCAUAAAACUGAGAUAUGGGUGAUGAAAGAAUAUAAAGUGCGCUCAUCUUGGACUCUCUAUCAGAUUCCUUUUUGCUUUCAGCCUCUGUACUUAUCCAGUGCUAUGGAUCUUUUUGGAAAAGCUGAUGCUGUAUAUACAGAGAGUCUCUUGCCACUCCCUAGUGACCUUAAGGAUAAGGAUAAGGAGGAAAACGGCCAUCAAGUUCUUCAGGAAUGUUAUGAACUGCUUGAUGUUGCUGAUGGCUAG